ACCAAACGACCCACUCAUCAAAUUCAGCGAAACAACAAGGGUACUUCUGAAGUUGUUACUAUAGUGAAGUGUACUGACCAUCGUCUCUAUAGAAUCCUUCAAUCACACAAGCCAAACACACUCUACCAAUGAUUUGGCAAGGCGGCGACUCUGGCCGCGGAAAUGGUAGAGGACGUGGUCGCGGCCGUGGUACUGGACGAGAGCGUAAUGAUCGAGGCGGACGUGAGCAAGCCAGCAACAACAGACCAGCGAACAGGGUUUGCUUUGGCUUUCAGAACGGCAGCUGCACACGAAAAAACUGCCGCUAUUCACACGAUGUUAGCGAUGGUACUAGCAACGAUAGUCAGCGAAAAGUGAGAGCUGAAGAGACAGAGGAGCAACAGCAGGCGCGAACCCAGUACAACGGCUGGAAGAAGUACCUCGGUCAAGCGUACGCGCCGUCCGAUACCUACACCAUGCGGCGCGUUUGGGAAGGUGCCCUAAACGUCCUCCACGAAGAUGAUCGCGAUUGGAAGCAACAGCUACCUCGCGAUCUUGAUAGCGACGAACACAGGUGUAACGGUCGCGCGCACGUCAAAGCUCUUGUGAUGAAGCGUGCCACAGCCAGCGGCAUGGUGGACUAUGUUGAGGUGGCGAAGAACUUCCUAGAAGUCAUCACGCAUCCAUCCCUGGUAGACUGCCUCGCAGUGGACGAGUAUGUCAACGGUAUCUACAACUUCAUCGCAGGCGGCGACAAUGGAGCUCGAGCUAUCGGGUUCUUUCAACAUCUCUGCGAAGCGUUGGUUACUGUCCGCACUGAUGAGCACAUCUCAGUCUCCCAGACCGUUGCGGAGAGUGCUCUGACUUGCCUUGCUGUAGCCCUCUAUGAGUUGCUGUAUCGCAAUCAACGAGCGAGACUCAACAAUGAUCUGGACCAGCUUGUCAAUGCUGUGGACAGCGCAGCAGAGAUCAUCCCGGCAAGUCAGCCCUCUGUCACCUCUACAGUCGUCAAGAAGCGGGUCGCAGACAUCCAAGGUAUGAUCGACCGAGCUAGAGGUUUGGUCACUGAUGACAAUUCGACGGAAGAGGAAGAACGGCGUGUCUUCGCGGCAUCCUUGUACCCAAGAGACCUUGUCAUUCCCACAGAUCGACACGACAACGACAAGAGGGACAUUGCCGACAUCACAGUCUUCCCCACCCGCAACGAGUUGAUGAGCGAUGCGAAAGAGUUUCUGCCGUCGACCGAUCCCGAUCAGCCACAUUUCCUGACGAACAAGGUCAAAAGACAUAUCGACACGAACUUCCGCCUCUAUCGCCACGAUGUGUUCGGUGAGUUGAAGAAAGCUCUUUCUGGCUUGUUACACGCAGCUACCGAUGACCCUACCAUACUUUUCGAUCCGAAAUUUCAUCUUCAAGGCAUGCGAGCCUACUAUUAUCCUAACGCUCAAGUCAAAUAUGUCAGCUUCGACACACGUCGUGGACUUCAGGCGCAUAUCUCAUUUCCUCAACCUCAUGGUGCGCGCAGGCGAUCACCUGGUGAGAGGCGCGCUUGGUGGGAGGACUCCAGGAGAAUGGAAGAGGGCACACUCCUCUCGUACAUCUUCAUCCGGGACUCAGUCGUGCAACACCUCUUUUUCACGGUCACACAGAAAAGCACCAAUCCCGCUCAAGAAUAUGGUUUAGCAUACCGAGAUUUUGUGGCCACGAUCACCACAAAGUUAACGACACAGAGUCAUGACACGCUUGAAACAAUGAUCGGUGCAAGCUGCAGCAACGUACAAGGUGUCCUCUUGGAGUUUCCCAAUAUAUUACCGGCAACCUUUGUACCGAUCCUUGCGAACUUGCAAGAAAUGCAGCGAUUGAGUCGUUUGAGAUUCUCUCAGUGGCUACUACCGGAUCGACAUGAUGGACCACUGCAUCUGAAGGUCUUUCAGGACAUCCCUCCGCCAGUUUACGCCAGACAGCCCGGCUUCAAGUUCCCUCUUGCGACCAUCCUAAAGGCAGAGGCACAAACCGCCGACAAUGCCUUUGGCAUUGAAGCUACCGCAUCAUGCUCAGAUGCACCACUCAUCGAGAAUAUCGCGACGAGGACAGCACUCGAUGACGGACAAUGCAGAGCGCUGGUUGCAGCUCUGACACGCGAGUUCGCCUUCAUCCAAGGUCCGCCGGGCACGGGUAAAUCCUACAUUGGCCUGCAAGUCAUGAGAAUACUCUUGGAGAUCAAGAAUAGAGCUUCUCUUGGGCCGAUCAUUGUGGUGUGCUACACAAAUCACGCUCUAGACCAGUUCCUCGAACAUUUGAUCAAAGUUGGCAUCACAAAAGUCAUUCGUGUCGGUGGUCAGAGCAAAUCGGAGCUACUCGAGGGUCACAACCUUCGUGAUAUCACGAGAUCCGAAGGGAAGACCAAGAUGGAGGCAUACCAGUCGGCAAUGAUGUACAAGAGCCUGGAAGAGCACAAAGAAGAUGUCAAUAAGAUCCUCGGGCGACUGCAUGCUUCAAGCAAGAAUGCGGACUGGAAAGGCUUAAAUGAUCACAUCUCUGGAAAAUACCGUGAAAUACAUCAUCAGUUCCGCCAAAUUGAUGACAACGGCUUCAAGGUGGCCGGCCGACAUCCAUUCGACGCCUGGAGACCCGCGAGGCCAGCAAUCAGUACUCAAGUCCAGAUCACAGCCUCAGAGCUCGCACGCAUCAUUCGGAAGGCAUCACUCAGCGUGCAUUCUCUGAACCCAGUUGAGCGCUGCGCCUUGGUAGAGCACUGGCUUGCCGAAGUACGAGUCGAUGCUGUGGCCGAGCUGUCCAGGAACGUCGAUGAUGCAGACAAAUGUCACACCAUCCUAAACAAAGUCCACGAUGAGGCUGACCGACGAGUAUUGGCAGGUGCAGAUGUCAUCGGUGUGACGACUUCCGGACUAGCAAAGAGGAUCUCUGUGUUGAAGCACGUAAGCUCCAAAGUCAUCGUUUGUGAAGAAGCUGGAGAGGUCAUGGAACCACAUAUGCUUUCUGCUUUACUGCCAACUGUUGAGCAUUGCAUUCAAAUCGGAGAUCAUGAGCAGCUGCGCCCAACGAUCAACAAUUUCCAAGAUCUGUCCCUCGAGAGUAAACAAGGUGCCUUACAUGCUCUCGACAAGAGCCAGUUUGAGCGACUGGCAGUCGGAGAGCGUAGCAGACCGCUAAUGCCAGUUGCGCAACUGGAAAUCCAGCGCCGCAUGCGACCCGACGUCUCCACACUUAUUCGCGAGACAAUCUAUCCAAAGCUGAUCGACCAUUCAUCGACCAUCACCUUACCGAACGUUGUAGGUAUGCGGAUGAAUGUCUACUGGCUUGACCAUGGGCACCUGGAAGACGAGAAAGACAGUGUGGUGUAUCACAGCAAGUCGAGGUCUAACGAAUGGGAGAUCGACAUGGUGCAUGCACUUGUCCGCCACAUUAUCCGACAAGGUACAUACAGCAGCAGUGAGAUCGCAGUACUAACUCCGUAUACCGGGCAGCUACAGAAGCUGCGUGCAGCUUUGCGUAGCGAUUACGAGAUCCUACUGAGUGAUCGCGACCAGGAAGCUCUGGAAAAGGACGGAUUCAGCGCGACUGACACUGUGCCCCAACCGUCUGUCGCUACACAAGACCACAGGCGCAAGCCACUGCAGAAGAAACAAUUGAGCGAGCUUCUCAGGGUGGCGACCGUCGACAACUUCCAGGGUGAAGAAGCUAAGAUCAUCAUUGUCUCAUUAGUUCGCAGCAACAAGGAGAGAAACGUCGGAUUUCUAAAGACCUCGAAUCGCAUCAACGUCUUACUGAGCCGAGCUCAACACGGGAUGUAUUUGAUCGGCAACACAGAGACAUAUUCCAGCGUCGACAUGUGGCAGAAAGUGAUCAACAUGCUCGGAGCCAAAAACUCGAUUGGUCAAACUCUCGCACUAUGCUGUCCGCGUCAUGUCGACAAAGUCAUCGAGAUUCGUGAACCUGAAGACUUUGCGACCGCCAGCCCAGAGGGUGGAUGCAAAGAAGCAUGUUCCGAUAGGCUGAACUGUGGCCAUAGUUGCCAAGCAGCGUGCCACUCGGAAGCGAUGCAUGCGGUCUGGCAAUGUGAGAUGCCAUGUCAGCGCCGACACAGUCCAUGCGAGCAUCCUUGCCAGAAGUCUACAUGCGGUGAAGACUGCGGACUGUGCAUGGUCCCGAUAGACAACGUACAACUUCCCUGCGGUCACACGAAGGAUCGGGUACCGUGUUACCAAACCCUCAACCGAGACAGCAUUACUUGCGAUGUUCUUGUACAGAAAGAAGUCCCAGGAUGCAAGCAUACAGUCGAGGUCAAAUGCUCACUGGAUGUCAACCAUGAGAAAUUCAAUUGCUCAUGGCCCUGCACUGAGAUUCUCUCAUGCGGUCAUCAAUGCCCAGGAAAUUGCGUCCGCUGCAAACAGAAAAAUGCCGAGGGUCAGAGCACUACAAAUCAUCCUGAGUGCAUCAAGACCUGCGGUCGCAAGCAUGGGACUUGCAACCACAACUGCAAGCGAACUUGUCAUGGAGGAAGCGACUGCGGUCUUUGCCAACAGUCUUGCGAGCAAUGUGGGAUGCGAGCAGAGGAGCAACCCGAUCUCGUUAUGAUGCUGCCAUAUAAGGACGUCGACCUGGAUGAUUCGCCCAUCGUUGUACUGGGCUGCAAACGCAGGCACUUCUUCACCGUUGAGACGCUCGACGGUAUCAUUGGAAUGAAGGACGUGUACGAGAUCGAUGCGAAGACCGGAGAGUACACUACUUUGAAGGAAACCGAGCAGCUGGCAGCUUCGAUUCCUCAGUGUCCGACUUGCCGAGAGCCUGUUCGCCAAUAUGCCACCCAGCGAUACAACAGGGUUGUCAACCGUGCAGUUAUCGAUGAGAUGUCAAAGCGUUUCAUUGUUAGUGGGCAACAAGAGCUUCAGGAGCUUUCGAAGAGGUUGCAAAGCGUUCAAGAGAGUUUGGAGUCGACACGCUCUAGACUAUUGCCUGGUACGGACACACGUUGGACCGAUGAGGCCACGAAAGGUGUUGCAAGGAAGAUCAGCAGUCGAUAUGUCAAGGCUAGCGAUCUGGAGAAAGAUGCCAGGCUGUUCUUGCGUAAGAUGGAUGAGCGAAACAAACCAUCACACAAGCUACACGAGGCCAUCGUUCAUGCUGCCAGCAAACAAAUCGAUCCCAGCAACUAUCUCAGCGAUUCGAUGACACAAAUGAGUCUUGGUUCAACCAGCGCAAAUAAGAAGCAAGAUCGCGACCAGCGCAUCACUCUUGGUGGUAGACUCUAUCACCUCAAGGUACGCCAGCUGAUGCUGAGUGACAAGUUCGAACUUCUUCGCAGCUACAAAUCUCGAUCUGGCGCCAUCGACCUCGAAUUUCCAGGCGGAUCGCCGAUCACUCGGAGUGGUUUUUUCCUACAUGACUGUUUGGGACUCAUUAAGGACUGCAGGAAUGCCAACUCGCCUAAGCUUGCAGUUGAAACUACGCUUCACUACGCUCACACAGCCUUCCUACUUGGAUCAUUUGGCGCCAUCAAGGAAGCUGAUCGCCCAAAGGUUGCCCAAUAUCGCGAAUCGGCCAAGACUUUGCUUGAGGAAGCGGACAAGCUCUGCGAGAACGCUUUCCAGAACCGAGAUCUACUCAAGCAGAGUAUCGAACGUACUCUUCAAAUGUUAGGUCGCGAGUUCUACGAGGAAGUGACGAAGGAGGAGAUCGAGGCCAUCAAGCGAGCGAUGGUCGGCGGCCGCGGAGGUAUUGCUACGCACACUGGUCACUGGUACAACUGUAUCAACGGACAUCCAUUCGCUAUUGGCGAGUGUGGUAUGCCAAUGCAACUCGCCCGUUGCCCAGAAUGCGGUGAGCCGGUUGGUGGUCAGAGCCAUCGGGCAGUCGCCGGAGUUACUCGAGCAACUGACAUGGAGGGUUGA